ACUGUUUCAACCACUGGACAGUCCUUUUAUUGUGGGUUCCCAACUGUGCCUCACCUUCCGCAAAGUCUGUACGCACCGAUGAUGGAGCAGGCUGUGGAGAUGCUUCAUAGACAGGACGCGGUCGCGAAGCAAAUGAAGAAACUGCGGCCGAAGAAAUUCCGGUGCGAACACUGCGAUGUCGCAUUCAGCAAUAACGGCCAGCUCAAGGGACACGUCAGGAUACAUACCGGAGAGAGACCAUUCAAAUGCGACGCUGAAGGUUGUGGGAAAUCAUUUACCAGGAACGAGGAACUGACGAGGCACAAGAGGAUCCAUACUGGACUACGUCCGCACGCUUGCAUCAUUUGCGGAAAAUGUUUCGGCAGGAAGGACCACUUGAAGAAGCACAUGAGGACACAUGAAAAUCGGGAUCCUUAUCGGAUGUCGGCGGCUGCAUUGGGAAUGUUCGCUUUAGGUCACACUCUACCUCAGGGACACUCGUUUCCCCCUUAUGGCUAUCCUAUGUGA